GAAUGCGGGAGGGAGGGAGGGAGGGAGGACCCGGGCCUCGGGAGGAUGCGGCGCCAGGGCGCGGGGCACAGGCCCGGGAGGCGCGAGCGGGGCCUUUGUGGUUGCAGGCGGGACAGGGGCCGGGCACCCCCUAUGUGCCCGCCCGCCCGGCACCGGCCGUCCCGCGGUCGUGCCCGUGACCGCGGCAGGUCGGGCACUUGUCCCCACUGGCCCAGGCCCCCCUCCCGCUCCUUCCCAACCGGUUCCCGGCACGCUACCUGCCCGGCUACCGGCUGACGGCUGUCAGCGAACGUGAGGAAUUGUGUUUCCGCCCCUCACCGGCGGCACUGCCCUCUGGACGGCGGGCGCAGAGAUGCGUUUUCCGCCAGAAGUGAGUUGUCCGCUUCCCCCCACGGCAGAUCCUCGACUGGAACCGAGGUUUUCGGUUUCUGUGCCUGUUCUCAAGAUAGCAGCCAUAGGAAAACUGAUGUCAUCCCUUUCCGAAGCAGCUUUCUCCAAAAAUCUGGAGAUUCCUUGACAGGAGGGGAGUUGGGUGGGGAAAGCUUGAGGUGGAGAAAAGUUGUCCCAUGCAGGCAGCGAGGUUGGGGCAGGUGUUCUGGAGGCGCGUGGUAUAGAUCCCGGUGCACCCUCCCUGACUGUGUGAAAUGGGGCAAGGUGCUCCCGCUCUACCCUCAAUUUCCUGAUCUGUAGAAUGGGGGUGCUGACAAUGGCAUCUGUGCUGCGGGACUAAACCACUGUUGGCAGUCCCUGGCAUGCGGUGAGAUUCAGUGAGUCGCUGCGGCUGCUGAUAGUCCUACACCCUUUUUCUCUGAGCCAGAGCGACCCGGCACUUCUCUGGUCCUGUCUGCUCACAGCUCCUUAUUUCCCUCUCUGAGGGCACAUGGGGUCAUUCUCAGGUGGUGUGAGGAUUUCAGAUUUGGUGAUUCUGAGGGGGUUUGAAAGCAGAAGGGGCUUCUCCCUCCUGGCUCCCUUUUUCUUCUUUCAGAUCUGCCUUCUGGAGACUCCACCCAUCCUAAGGGAAGAGCCCAGAAAGAAGAUAUGGCUAUUGGACAGAGGGAAGCAAGGUCUCAAGUGUCACUGACGUUUGAGGAUGUGGCUGUGCUCUUUACACGGGAUGAGUGGAGAAAGCUGGGUCCUUUUCAGAAAAACUUGUACCAGGACGUGAUGCUGGAGAACUAUAGUAACCUGGUCUCAUUGGGACUCCUGUUUUCCAAACCAAAAGUGAUCUCCCUGUUGCAGCAAGGAGAAGAUCCCUGGAAGGUAGAGAAAGAAAGUCCUGGAGGCCCCUCUCUAGGGUGGAAGGGCAGUCACAAAACCACGAAGUCAACUCAAACACAAGAUUCUUCCUUCCAAGAGCUGAUAAUGAGAAGAUCCAAAAGGAAUGGACCCUGGGACUUUAAAUCAGAAAAACCCUGCAUUUAUGAAUACAGAGUAGAGAAAAGGCAAGAGAAAAAAGAAAGUGUCCAGACAAUUUUAGUCACCCACAAAAAAAUCCUUGCUGUAGAAAAAAGCCAUAAAAAUGCUGAAUUUGGCCAAAACUUCAGUCCAAAGUCAGUCCUUGUUAAGCAACAGAUGGUCCCCAGAGAAGAAACACCACCAAAAUGUGAAAUACAAGGAAACUGCUUCAAACAGAAUCCGUAUUUACUUAAUCAGCCAAAAAUCAACACAGCAGAGAAACGCUAUAAAUGUAGUAUAUGUGAAAAAACCUUCAUUAACACUUCAUCCCUUCGCAAGCAUGAGAAAAACCACAGUGGAGAGAAAUUAUUUAAAUGUAAAGAAUGUUCAAAAGCCUUUAACCAAAGUUCAGCUCUCAUUCAACAUCAAAUAACUCAUACUGGAGAGAAGCCCUAUGUGUGUAAAGAAUGUGGGAAAGCCUUCACUCUUAGUACAUCUCUUUAUAAACACCUAAGAACCCAUACUGUGGAGAAAUCCUAUAGAUGUAAAGAGUGUGGUAAAUCCUUCAGCAAGAGAUCUGGCCUUUUUAUACAUCAAAAAAUCCACGCUCGAGAAAAUCCCCAUAAAUAUAAUCCGGGUAGGAAGGCAUCCGGCCUUCCUGGAUGUCAGAGAAUUCACCUCAGAAAGAAGUCCUAUUUAUGCAAUGAAUGUGGCAACACCUUCAAGUCUAGUUCAUCCCUUCGUUAUCAUCAGAGGAUUCACACAGGAGAGAAACCUUUUAAGUGUAGUGAAUGCGGGAGAGCCUUCAGUCAGAGCGCAUCUCUUAUUCAGCAUGAAAGAAUUCACACUGGAGAAAAGCCCUAUCGAUGCAACGAAUGUGGAAAAGGUUUUACUUCGAUUUCUCGACUGAACAGACACCGAAUAAUUCAUACUGGUGAGAAGUUUUAUAACUGUAAUGAAUGUGGUAAAGCCUUAAGUUCCCACUCAACGCUGAUCAUCCAUGAAAGAAUUCACACUGGAGAGAAACCGUGUAAAUGUAAAGUGUGUGGGAAAGCCUUCAGGCAGAGUUCAGCCCUCAUUCAACAUCAGAGAAUGCACACUGGAGAAAGACCCUAUAAAUGCAACGAGUGUGGGAAAACGUUCAGGUGUAACUCAUCCCUUAGUAACCACCAGAGAAUUCACACAGGAGAGAAACCGUAUCGAUGUGAGGAAUGUGGUAUAUCUUUUGGCCAAAGUUCAGCUCUUAUUCAGCAUCGCAGGAUUCAUACGGGAGAGAAGCCCUUUAAAUGUAACACAUGUGGGAAAACUUUCAGACAGAGCUCAUCACGGAUUGCCCAUCAGAGAAUUCAUACUGGAGAGAAACCCUAUGAAUGUAACACAUGUGGGAAACUCUUCAACCACAGGUCAUCCCUUACUAAUCAUUACAAAAUCCACAUUGAAGAGAACCCCUAGAAAGUAGAUUUGCAUGUGCGAAAGCCUUAAACCAAA